AUGUCUGCAGGGCCGUGCCACUUGUCCCGGCUGCCUGCAUCCUACUUUGUGCCCCAGGAUUCUCAAAAAGAGCUCAAACCUAGAUCCCAGACCAGAGCCAGGGCACGUCCUGGGCACACUAGUCAAAACAGUUCUGACAGCCCCUUCCCCUCCCCAAAGAAAGGCCCUCACCAGGCAGGUGUCUGCAGGACCCGCCUCUCCCUGGAGGUUUCUGAGGCACCAUUUGCGCCCAGUGGUCCCCUUGACUCAUCCAAACCCCAUGAGGACCCCCUCAGGUUGUACCCAAGUACAGGGUGCCCGACAAGUCAGCUCACCUGGCGGUGA